AUGUCUGACGACAAUAAACAAGCAUUUAAUCUUGAAGAUGAUUCGGAUUUGAAUGGUGAUGAUAAUGAAGUAUUUCAUUCCGACGAAGAAAAUAACAAGAAAAAUCAAGAUAAUCAAUGGAUUGAUGAAUUACGUUUAGCACUUAAAGGUGGAUGUGAUUUAGGAUCGAUACGAUCUAUUGGAAAAUGCCGCCCAUUAACGGAUGAUUUACGUUUAUCAGUUUGGAAAACUUGCCUUAAUAUCAAUGAUAUCAAUGAAUAUGAUUAUGUUGAUAGUGAUGUAUUUGAUUUACCGGAACAGAAUCUAAUACGUGAAGACGUUUUACGUUUAGUGCGUUCCCUUAAAAUAAAUGAAGAUAUUGAAGCAUCAAGAUUGAGUGAUAUUGAAGCAGUUUUAACAUUCUAUUGCAAAAAAUAUAACGAAAAUUAUGAAAAAGACAAUGGAUGGAUUGAUAUGUUAAAACCAUUGGUGACGCUCGAUUAUAAAGAUCGAGCUGAACUCUAUGCAUUAUUUGCUAGUAUUCGUAAUCGAUAUAUUCCUUGUUUCUGCGAAACUGAUGGAAUGCCUUUCCAUUUAUUUCGAUUAUUAUUACUUUAUCACGAUCCAGAAUUAUGUAGUUUCUUUGAUACUAGAAAAAUUACACCCGAUUUAUAUGCACAUAUUUGGGUUCGAAGUUUAUAUGCUGGAACAUGUUCAUCAGAUGUAACACGUCAUCUAUGGGAUGGUUAUUUUCAGCAUGCAGAUCAAUUUUUUAUUUUUUUUCUUGCUCUAGUAUUGCUUAUGUUUGUGAAAGAACAAUUGUUCGAAAUGAUUGAUAAAGAAAAAGAUGAAGUCAUCAAUUUGAUAUCUAAAGCACCAGCGAAUUUAACUACUGAUGAUCUUGAAGAUUUCUGUUCAUUAGCAAAUCACUAUGCAUCCAAUACACCACAAUCAUUUAGAAAAGAAUUUUGUUCAUGUUUAUUCGAUGAAACAGACCGUACAACUUCUCAAAAAGCCUAUUCAGUUCAACAGGCAUUAUGUUUACCUGUUUCAGCUAAAGAAUUAUUACAAGCAAAUCAAUUAGGCGGAAAAGAAGGUGUCAAAUAUUUUAUUGUCGAUUGUCGACCAGCCGAACAAUAUAAUUCGAAACAUCUUUAUACAGCAUUUCAUCUUGAUGCGAAUCUUCUACUUGAAGAUCCAAAAGAAUUUGGUGGAACUGUUGAUGCUCUUCGUGCUACACAAAAACAUUCAAUUGAGGCUGGAGCAACAGCGGGCGGUGAUCAUUUAUGUUUUAUGGGUUCUGGUCGUGAUGAAGAAGACAAAUAUGUUCGCAUGGUUGUUGCUUAUUUUCUUCGACGAAACAUAAAAUAUAUUAGCAUUGCUUCUGGUGGUUAUCGAGUUCUUGCUAAAGCAAUUGAAGAUCCAUCUAUGAUAACUAAAGCUAAAUCAAAUACAGAUAAAAUUAAAAAACACGAAGAAACAUCUAUUGGAUUCGCAAUCAAACAGAAUAUAGCAGAAAAAUUGCCUGUUAUCAAUACACAAACAACUGCACUUUUCAGUAUGAUUUCAAGUGCUGUUAAAACUAAAUCGAUGGAAGUAAGAGAUAAAGUUAAAGAUUAUAUAACUCACAAUUCAUCAAGCGAAUCAGCUAAUUCUACAGCUAGCCAUGUUAGUAAAGAAGAUAAAGUUGGCAAGCUUUAUCGACAACCAAACCAAGCAUCUGUUUUUUCACUGGAUGAUGAUCAGGAACAAGAAGAUGAAAAAACAUUAUCGAAACAACAGGAUGCUCCUGAACUUGUUGAUGUUGAAUCAUGGUUUCUUCGUAGUGAUAUGUUAUAUAAAUAUGAAUGUGAACACAUUGAUGAACAUAAUCGAACACAUCCAAGUCUUCUAUUGGUAUCAUCAACACAUUUGUUUAUCUUGAGAAAAUUACCUGAACAUAAAACAAUGGCAAAUCUUGUAUCUCGUCGCCCAUUAGAAUCCAUUACAAAAAUAACCAGUAAGAAAAAUUUUCCUGAAAUCAUAACAUUUCGUUAUGCAACAAAUCAAGACGAACAAGAGAAAAAAGUUAAAGCGAAAACAAAACUUUCGAUAGACUGCGACAGAGUUUAUUUACCUGAUGCUGGUGAUGCAACAAAAAAUAUCAAAUUAUUAAUUGUAAAAUCAUUAAAUAUGUUUGAUAAUCCAAAUGAAAUCGGAUCAACUUGA